CUGGUUUCAGAUUUUAUCUCUCGUCCCGUUUAGCAUAUCUUAUGAUGAACUCUCUAUCUUCCUGCAGUACUCCGAAUAUGUUCGGAAUAAUUCAGUAAUUACAGCUUACUGACAUAUAUUAUUCGUAGUAACUCUCCAGAUUGACGGUAUACUCCUCUCCAAUAUGCGCUGUAAGAUGAAAUCCAGCGAUGCAAUUCUCACGUCGCCGGAGAAAGCAGCUUCAGAAUCUUUCAAUAGUCAAUCCCCAAGAUCAAACUGAGGAGAACAAUAUCUAUAUAAACCAUGAAUAAACCAAACCAAUCUCGAAAUCAUCAUCGCUCACAACGGUCUUCAACACCCUGACAUCUCCAGCUCUCCUCCAGACAGUAUCUGAACCGUUGAUCUCGAGAGAAUCCCACUCAGUCCAACCCAAGAUACCACUAACAUAUAGUAUACCCCACCGCAAUCUGCUACCGGUAUAAUAUAUAUAUCCAAAAUGUCUGACAGAACCGGCUCCACCACCAACAACAAUAACAACAACAGGUCCGGAGGUAGUACCAGCGGCGGUGCUCAGAUCACUGAAGCGAAGGCUAGCAUCAUCACCAGCCCAAGGAACAUCAACCAAUUGAGUACCUGGGGCCAAUCCGCCCGAGACAGACGUCAGGGAGGUAACAAAGGAUCUGACAGUAAGGGACCAUCUAACUAAUGGAAUGGUUGUCUUCUAUCCUGUCAUACUGGAUGGCCAAGACUUUACCGACCGACCGACCGACCGACCGAAUCCGGUCGGGUUGAUCGGAGCUUUUCUUUUUGGUCUGGACUGGACCCACAUACGAGAGUCUCACACCCUGUCUUUCUUACCUUUCUGUCUGAUGAUUGAUCGCUCCUUUAUCCGUGGGUCUGUCCUUACAACUAGAAAAGUAGGUUGCAGUGAUAUUCAGGAGGGUCCCAUCUGAGUCUCCACAGGUCGUGGCAUCAUGGACUUUUGAUGUUCUUGCCUUGCCUUGCCUUGCUAUAUAUAGUAAGUAAAUCCUGUGGUGGAUGGGAGUGGGUUCAUGGGGCAACUUUACUUUGAGUAUGUCAUUGUGACUAUACUAUAUGGAAGGGGGUGGCAUCAUCC